AUGCCCAUGAUCGCAGAAGACAUGGUCGAUCGAAGCAUGAGGAAGUUAGAUCUCGCCGCUCUGCUUGCGAUUGCUACCGUAAUGGUCGUCUACCUUUCGGUCAUGGUCGGUCCCUAUUACGCUUUCGGCGAUGCUAUCGAAUCGAAUUUCUAUCUCAACUUGCCGGUCUCUAACGUCGCCAUCCACAUCGGGUACAUUGCUUUGCCGUUUGCCGUGCUAACUGCAUUCCCAUUGCUCCUGUUCCCAGCCAGACAAUCAAUCUCGGGUGUCAUAACCUAUUUUCGCCCCAGCUUACAAGACACUCUUAAAUUGCACAUCGGGACAACACUGCUUUUCCUCGCUAUCUGCGUGGGUGUGGCAAUCAUCUUCGAGGAUCUCGGUGUCACUAUUCGGUUCAUCGGCAUCCUCGGUACCAACACCAUUGGGUUCGUGAUACCAUGUUUCGUCUAUCUCCAUAUUUGUUACAAUCCGUUCCCGAGCUCCUCCGAGCAGCCCGUUAAUGAAGAGGUGGGAGGAGGCUGUCCAGAUGAUGUUAAGGCUGAUGAGCCAGAAGGGCAGGUCAACCUCCUCCAGAAGCUACGGAAUCAAACCCUCGAGUGGCACGGGGCGUUGGCGCUCUUCAUUGCCAGUAUUAUAUUCUUCCCCUUGGGUCUUACUGGACUGUUGUACGAUCUUACCACCAACUGACUGGCUAGAUUGAAGCAUAUCCGUAUGUAACACGACAACUUGUCCGUACACUCUGUCUCAUGCAGAUCAGAUUCCAUAUCUUCGAAUGGAUUAACCUCUCUUGUUUGUAGUAAUUGCCGAGUCAACGCCACUCUGUCAUCGGUGUUCUUGGUUGUAGCAUACACCAAUCACGUGUCCCUUAUUGUCCGGUCACACAUUUUCUUAUUAUCAUCGUGAAUGUCGUCAGCGAAUGAUAAAGUUCAUCUUUU